GGGGAGCUCUCGCGAGAGGAGCCAAAAGAAGAUGGCUGUGCCCUGUAUUUCGGCGUGAAGCCGCGGAGGCGGCUGCGGUGGCCGGGACGGGGUUCCUGGCGUCGUGGGCGCCUGAGCGCUAGCUCCCCCCAGCGAGCGCGCGCCCCUGCGUGCCUAGGCGCGAGCCGACUCUUUUCCUCCGGGAGAUGCGUUUGUCCCUGGCUCGGGGACACCCUGGGAGUUCAUGCUGCGCUGGAGGCGCCUGGCCGCCGCUCUAAUCGCCGUGUGCCGCCGCAGCGCCAGCUCUGUCGCCGGCGGUGAGCCUCCCGGAUCUCCUCUCUGCCCCCGGCGGCGGCGAUGACCGGGGAGAAGAUCCGCUCUCUGCGGAGGGACCACAAGCCCAGCAAAGAAGAGGGGGACCUGCUGGAGCCCGGGGAUGAGGAAGCGGCGGCUGCCCUCGGCGGCACCUUUACCGGGGGCAGGAUUGGCACUGGCGGCAGCGGCAAGGGCGGCAAAGCCUGUCAUAAGAUCUUCAGUAACCAUCACCACCGGCUGCGGCUGAAGACAGCUCCGGCCUCCUCCAAUCCCCCCGGCGCCCUGGCCCUGCCGCUGCUCAAUUCCUCCGUGACUACCACCUCCCAGUCCCCGGCUCUGCUAGCGGGCACCGACCCCAUUGCUGUCGUCGCAGUUGGAGGCAGUUGCCCCGCACAAUACCCGGUGCACGAGUGCGUCUUCAAGGGGGAUGUGAGGAGACUGUCCUCUCUCAUCCGCACACACAAUAUCGGGCAGAAAGAUAAUCACGGAAACACUCCUUUACAUCUUGCUGUGAUGUUAGGAAAUAAAGAAUGUGCCCAUUUACUUUUGGCUCACAAUGCUCCAGUAAAGGUGAAAAAUGCUCAGGGAUGGAGCCCGCUGGCGGAAGCCAUCAGCUAUGGAGAUAGACAGAUGAUUACAGCUCUUUUAAGGAAACUUAAGCAGCAAUCCAGGGAAAGUGUUGAAGAAAAGCGACCUCGAUUAUUAAAAGCCCUGAAAGAGCUAGGUGACUUCUAUCUAGAACUUCACUGGGAUUUUCAAAGCUGGGUGCCUUUACUUUCCCGAAUUCUGCCUUCUGAUGCAUGUAAAAUAUACAAACAAGGUAUCAAUAUCAGGCUUGACACUACUCUCAUAGACUUUACUGACAUGAAGUGCCAACGAGGGGAUUUAAGCUUCAUUUUCAAUGGGGAUGCGGCACCCUCUGAAUCUUUUGUAGUAUUAGACAAUGAACAAAAAGUUUAUCAGCGAAUUCACCAUGAGGAAUCAGAGAUGGAAACAGAAGAAGAGGUUGACAUUUUAAUGAGUAGUGAUAUUUACUCCGCAACUUUAUCAACCAAAUCAAUUUCUUUCACACGUGCCCAAACAGGAUGGCUUUUUCGAGAAGAUAAAACAGAAAGAGUAGGAAACUUUUUGGCAGACUUCUAUCUGGUGAAUGGACUUGUUUUAGAAUCAAGAAAAAGAAGAGAACAUCUCAGUGAAGAAGAUAUCCUUCGAAAUAAGGCCAUCAUGGAGAGUUUGAGUAAGGGUGGAAACAUAAUGGAACAAAAUUUUGAGCCGGUGAGAAGACAGUCCCUUACCCCUCCUCCUCAGAACACUAUUACAUGGGAAGAAUAUAUAUCUGCUGAAAAUGGAAAAGCUCCUCAUCUGGGUAGAGAACUGGUGUGCAAAGAGAGUAAGAAAACAUUUAAAGCCACAAUAGCCAUGAGCCAGGAAUUUCCCUUGAGAAUUGAAUUAUUAUUGAAUGUUCUGGAAGUAAUAGCUCCCUUUAAGCACUUUAACAAGCUUAGAGAAUUUGUUCAGAUGAAGCUUCCCCCAGGCUUUCCUGUAAAACUAGAUAUACCUGUAUUUCCUACGAUCACAGCCACUGUGACUUUUCAGGAGUUUCGAUAUGAUGAAUUCGAUGGCUCCAUCUUUACUAUACCUGAUGACUACAAGGAAGACCCAAGCCGUUUUCCUGAUCUUUAACUGACGUGGAAAAUGAUGUCAUCUAACCAAGAAAAAACAGGAGAAUGCAGAGACCCCACCAGUGGAUCCAAAUCGAAGGGACAAAUAUUUUCAACAAAGAAAAGGGAAUGACACAUUGAACUGACACAUCAGUAAUAUGAUAUAAUGAAAUGGGCCUCUAGUAAGCAUUUCUGCAAGUUUCCUGAUGUGCCAUUUUCAGUCUUUGAAAAAAAUAUACAUAUUAUCAGUGUAAUAGUUUGACACCUUAAUGAACCUAAGUCCUUCUUAUGUAAAACAGCUAUGAGUGCUGUGAUUUGUUUUUAAAAAUUUUUACACUUCUUGUUGAAAUAUAUAUGCAUAUAAAUAUAUCUAUAUAUCUAAAACACUCCUGGACCAUUAUCUUAAAUUAAAUGUCUUAAGAGAUAUGAAGCCCUUUUAAACUUGUCAUCUUAUAUUCAAGGUGACAUUUAUAAAUAUUCCUUCAAGCUUUGUUUUCAUAAAAUGUAAAUUAUGUAACAUUAUGUAUAGUUCAGUAAUUUGAAUGUUUAUUCAAUAUAAUGAACUAGAAGGAAUGCAGUUUUCUGUAGAUGAAUGAACCAAAUGGUAACCAUUAAACAAUUGCGUUUAUAUGUUGCAAUACAUUUCAGGAGGAGCGUUCACACUGCAGGGAAUAAGGUACCUCCUUUAGCACCUUAGUGCAUUUCAUUGUGGUGCUAUUUGUUUUUACCUGAAUUCUUUCUUCAAUGGAAAAAUGUUUGUUACUAAUCUUCCUUUCAUAGAACCUCUAUUUUUUUUUUUCUAAACUUGAGUUUAAAAUCUUUUUUGUGUUCCUGAUAAGGUAUGGUUAGCAUGCUUAAAGAUAUUCCUCUUCCAAAUCUCAGCACUUUAAAAAAUUCCAAAUUUUUAAACUUGCUUCCUAAUAUGUGUACAUCAUUCUAAUUAUUUUGUUUUUAGUGGAAUAUGGAUGUAUUGGUGUCAGUUUUAAAAAACAACCCACAUAUUUUGGACAUCCCUACAUAUUUAAUGCUUUCCAAGUAAGAUAAAAACAUUUUAUAUGUUAACAGAAUAUAUUUGUUACAAGUUAAAUUCCAGAAACAUAAUAAGACUGACAAUUCCUGUUUAUUUUUUUAAGUCUCAAAAUAUUUAUUGAUUUUAAUUAUCUGCAAAGUGUUAAAAUCAUGCAUUACUCAUUUUUGCACUUGAAAUUUUCAUGUUUAUUCCAAGAUGGUUUGAAGGUCCAAGAAUGAAAAUAAUUAGGAAGAAUAAUGUAUAACAGUCAAAAAAUGUUAUGUUGUAUUAAAGAGCUUAGCUAAAAAAAAUGUUUUUUAUAAUAUAUCCUGAUAAAUGUGUCAGAAUGCAUCUGUCAAGUUUUUUAGAGUGACCAGUAGUUUAAAUGUUUUUCAGGAUUUUAAAUAAUUUGAAUGAAUUUAAAGACCUUUAUUGAAGAGAUGAUUUAUUUAAAAAUUCAAAGCAUCAAUCAUAAAUUUUUUAUAAUAAACAUCUUUUAAGCUGCAUCUCCAUACUGAUACAUACUACAUUGCAUAUGUUGACAUUUUAUUAAUACAUUUUAUAAUGACACAAAAUAAUCAUAGUUAAAAAUUCAAAGACCACUUACUUCCUUAUGUGGGUCUGUUGAAUUGGAAAGAGUUGGUAAACCCAGACUAGGUUUAUUGAAUAGAAAUUGAUCCCUAUUAUUUUGGGAAUGCUUGUAGAGCCAGUGGCAGAGACUGAAUUUUCCCGUCAAUAUGAGGUUUGACACCCUGAAAGGCAAUGAUCAUUGUUGUUUUUAGGCUCCUUUACUUUGUGGGAAUACAGUAUACUUUAAGGAAUAUACUGCAGAUUUUUUUCAUAAAGUACUGACAACUUAGUGGGGAUAAGGCGUGGUAAAUUGCAGCUUGCGAUUGAUCCAUUUCCUGAAAGCUGUGAAUAUUUUGCUGGGGUACACUGGAGGUACGAAGACUACUGAAAACUUUUGCACUGGAUUUUGUUUUUAAUUCUUAUAUUUUCCUUUCAUAAAAAAAUAGUGGAAGGAGAUUAUCCAUUCCAAAAUGUCUUUUAUCUGAUCACUUAGGACAAACAAAUGUCAUUAUCUCUUGAUGGUGAAAACAAGGAGCCAAUUAAUGCAAAUAAACUUUUCACAAUAUUAGACUUUUCAAAAUGUGCCUUUUAAUCGGUUAAUGAAGCUAUAUGCUGUGUUUCAAUUAAGUAGAGCAAACAUAUUGUGUACUCUCACAUUAAAAUCUAGAUGUAAUGUAGGCCCAUAAAAUUCUAUAUGCCUUUCAUUUAUGGUUGAAGACUCUCUUUAAACUUGGGGGAUAAUAAAAAGGGUCACCUUAAAUGGCCAUUUAUGAAUGCUCAAUAUUCCUGCCACCAGUAUGGUAUCAAAAGAUGAAGAUUUUUAUCUUUGAGAAAUUUACCCCUAAGAGAAUUAGAGAAAUUGCUGUGGACAUUCAUAUACAACAAAUUGUCAAACUUCAUGGAAGAAGCAUAAAGCAGUUGCUCAGAUUGUUGUAAGUACAUAUAAAGACCUGGAAAUUAACACAUUUCAAAGAGAAAUUGAGAACUGUCAUAAGUUGAAAAACUGUUUCCUUCUCAUGUUUAGAACUGGUAUUGAGCACCCACCACUCACUAAUAAAAAUGGGUUUCAUAACGUUAUUCAUGUAUAUUGUAUUAUUCGCAACUUGGGUGAAGGUGGUGAAUUAUGAUUAAGCAAGCCCUCACCCUAAUUUUCACUGACUACAGCAAACACAGAUCCUGUUUUAAGACCAUGCAGGAGAUGGAAUAAACAUUUUCACUAAGUAGUGAGUUAUGGGAUGUUUUAUUUUGCUUAUUUGGUAUUUCUAUUUGUAACUAACACAGAAGAAAAAAAGCUGUAGAAAAGUAGGUGGUUUUGGCAUACUGUUUAUAGUAAGCUAGUCUUUUAAAACUACCUGAAAGUUAUUGAUUAGUAUGUCUCAGUGUCUUUGGCGUUAAUGCCGACAGAAAGGAUCUUAACCAUGUUUUCUCAAAUGAACAAAAUGCAUCCUUACCAAAAUUGUUAUUUGGAAUCUUUCAAAGAAAACUAACAGCGAAACUU